GGCAAAAAGACGCAAGUUAAAUUCAAAACACUGAGGUUAAGUUCGUGAAUGUGCACUGUUGUUAAGCGUUGUUGCAUUUAAUAGUUUUUGUAAAUGGAGUGGACCCCCAACAAAGAUACAUACCUUAAACCUCUGAAAGACCCUGUAUUAGCAGAAUCAGGUUUUGAACGAGUUAAAAGGAUGUAUAAGCCAAAUGACUUUGGAUCAUUAAGCCCUGAACUGUAUUUUGUUGUAAAAUCUACUGCUGCAACCGUUAUCUGUACUGGUGUUUUAGGAGGCUUUAUCAAUAUGCAAAUAGCAAAGAACGAUUUCUUUCGGAGAAAUGUUGCUUCCACAUUUGAAAGUCAGUAUUUAGCGAAGAGGAAACUAACAGACAGUAUGACGUUAGCUGGUAUUACCGGAGCUAUAAGAAAUGGCAUAAAAUAUGGAUCUUUUACAUCAUUAUAUCUCAGAUUAGGCACCAUGACAGCUGCUAAUUACAACAAUAAAAUUACAGUAUGGGAACAUGGAGCAACUGGAG